AUGAACAGCCCUAGUCUCCUUGUGGCGGGAGGGAGAUGGAGAUGCUUUCCAGUUCCGCUGAAGUCAUUGCUGUUUCAGACACUACAUAAUUCCUGCUGUGGGGAAAAAUCCACUGCAACUAAUAAAAUUACUCCCAACAUUGCUUUUUGUGACGAAAAUACAAAGGAGUGUGGAAAUGAACUUGACAAACUCCUCUCUUCAGAACAGCAGGCUACCAUCUUGCAUGUCCUGAAUACAGCAUCUGAUAAAGAACUUGAAGCUUUCAAAUUGCUACAUGGAAGAAAGUCCAUCAAUAUUGUACAGUACAGAGAGAAGUUUGGGCCAUUUCAGAAUUUGGAGAGUUUAAUGAAUUUGCCCUUGUUUCAGUAUAAAACUAUCAUUCAAAUUUGUAACUCCAUUCUUUGUCCAGAGACAAGAGGGAAAAAAAGAAAAUCACAGGAAAAUCAGCUCUUGGGAAAGCUCCUCAGACCAGAUAUAGGAAGAGAGAGACUAAAGGCAGUUAAUAGUAUCAUAUCAAUUGUUUUUGGUACUCGAAGAAUUGCCUGGGCUCACCUUGAUUGCAAAUUGAUAGUACUGGACUGGCAACAAGAUGAAUGUUGUGGAUUAUUGAAAGGAACAUACCCAUCAUCUGUCUAUUUAGAAGUGAUUUCUUCAGUCAUUUCAAAGAUGCCUAAAGCUGAUUUCUAUAUUCUGGAAAAAACAGGACUUUCAACUCAGAACUCAUCUCUGUUUCCUAUACUGUUGCAUUUUCAUAUCAUAGAAGCCAUGUUGUAUGCUUUAUUAAAUAAAACAUUUGUCCAGGAUGGCCAGCAUCAGGUGCUAAGCAGGAACAGAAAUGCAGUAGGGAAGCACUUUGAACUGAUGAUCACUGACACAUGGACUAGUGGAAAAGAACUAGUGAAGCAGUUUCUCUCAGAGUCUGUACUGAAGGCAGAGCCUUGGGUAUUCUUCCCAUUGGAUAAAGUAGUCCGCUACAGGCAGAUGUUUUCAUCUACUGAACAAAACAGAGUAGAAGAGUUAUAUGAUUCGUUAUUACCAGCUAUUGCAUUCUAUGAGUUAGCAGUUUUUGACAGUAAGCCUUAA